GCGCGCCGCCGGAGCCGCGGGUCGCCGCCACGCCGCCACGCUGCCACUCCGCCGGAUUCACGAAUGAGGAAUCAUUGUCCGCAUGCGUUACAAUCAGGGGAUCGUUCCCCAUGUAAAGAUCCGACAUCAUGGGACAGGGAUCAGACACUCAAAGCGUCACAACAACCAAAUUGAUGGACUACUACUUGAACACGCCCUUCCCAGUUCCAACAUUAAUCUUUCUAUCCAUGGCAUGCGGAAUAGCUUAUGAGUUUUCUCUGCAGGAAAGGCAUUCUUACUCUUCACUUCGAUUUGCUAUUUUUGGGAACCAGGUGAAUUAUCCUCCACAUAGGAUAUUAAGGUUAGCAGAGCUCCAAAAUAAUGACCUCAUGCCAAUGGAUGGCUAUGUCUAUAUACCAUCUUUAGUAGUACAAGAGAGUGGUUUUUCUCUUUCCCAAUACUUCUACUUAUGUUACAAGUUAAUAUGCAAAGCAGAUUGA